AUGGCAGGAUCCGGCCGCCGCAGUGUCUGGGCUGUUUUUCGGGAGCACUUGCGGUGCCUGAGUCUGCGGGACUUCCCCUGCGGCCUCGGCAGCUGGCCCCCAGCCUGCAGCCCCCAGGACCAGCACCUGCGGGAGAUGGCUGUGCUGAACCCCGAGCUCGGCCAUGGCUCCAAUGUCUUCCAGGUCUUCAGGUCCCUGCGGAUCACUGGCAAGGGAGUGGAGGAGGUGGACGAGGGUCUGUUGCAGUUGCAGCAGCUGGAGGAGCUCAUCCUCAGUGCCAACCAGAUCAGCAGAAUCACCUCAGCUCACCUGCCCCAGACACUGAAGGUCCUGGAGCUCUGCUGCAACGCUGUGGCUGAUCUGCAGGACCUGUGUGCUCAGCCUCCUCCAGAGCUGCAGCACUUGGGGCUGGGAUACAACCGGCUCAGUGGCCCUUUGCAGGACAAGUGCCUUACUGUGGACUUCUGGCCAAAUCUUGUCUCCCUUGACCUGAGCUUUAACAACCUCACAGACCUGCUGGGGCUGGUCUCCCAGCUGUCCAGUCUGCCGAAGCUCCGUGUCCUGGUGCUCCAAGGGAACCCACUGGCUCUCAUUCCCACUUACAGAGGCUUCCUUGUGGACAGCCUGCCCAAGCUCUCUAUCCUUGAUGACAUCCACAUCGAGCCUGAUGAGAGACUCCAGUUCCAUGGGUUGGCAAUGCAGCCAGAGCUGGCCAGGAGUGAAGCACGAGUGGUUGUGAGUGUUGGGGAAAUCAAGGGAGUCCCUGAUCCCAGCGCUUGGCAGCAGCUGGAGGCUGAAUCUGAGGCUCCACUCAUCACCUACAGCUACUGUGUCACCUACGAGUUUGCAGAGGGAGAGGAGGUGGAGGACAGAAGCAGCACUGAGGAUACAAAAAUCCAUCAGAGUCUUACGGUGGCCACCCUGGAUGUGGACAGCUCUGCUCAGGACACAGAAGAAGCAAAGAGCCAGCAGGAGCCUGCAGCCAUGGAGGGGCCCAAGGCCUGCUCUGGAAAGGUGUUUGUCACCCCUGGAAAGCCCUGGGCAGACACCAUCGACUGCAGCUACAAGAAGGAGCACAUUGCCAAAGACUUAAUGGGUCUGAAGUCCUACCUGGCAGCUGGAACGAUUGUCUCAGUCGUGGAGGAGAAGGUGGUCUCAUGGCCUGUCAUUACUGAACCAGAAGAAAAUGCAGUCACGAAGGGGAAGGCAAAACAGGGGCGGCAGAAGGGCAGCGCCAAGGGUUCUGGGCCCAAAGAGAAGCAGAAAAAGAAGAAGGAGAAAUCAUAUGAAUUCCGCAGCGACCCUCCCAUUCAGAAGACCCUGGGCACUAGGCGAGUGAUCCUGGAGACCCUGGUGGCCACUGAGGACCUGGUGGCAACUGUGUGUGACUUUGGGAUACUGAUAACUGAGCAGCCACUGCAGCUGCCAAGUCUGGAGGAGAAGGUAAGGAGUGACAGGAAAAAAGGCAAAGACAAGAGCAAAAAAAAGAAAGCAGGGAAAGGAAAUCAGGCCAGCAGGAAACCCUCAGCAUCUGCCAGAGUGCCGGUUCAGUCCCAGAUGCAGCUGCUUCGGUGGCCCUUGGCAGCCGGGACCGAGAGCCAGGAGAGCGUGGCCACGGCUGCGGGGAAGACCCAGUAA